AUGCCUGCUGACUACAAUGGAAGAUGGGAGAUGGAAAGCAACGAGAAUUUUGAGGAGUACAUGAAGACUCUGGACAUUGAUUUUGCCACCCGUAAAAUCGGCCUCCAUCUGACGCAGACAAAGGUGUUUGUUCAGAACGGGGACAAGUUUGAGACGAAUACCUUGAGCACGUUCAGGAACUACGAGGUGAACUUCACAGUAGGGGAGGAGUUUGAGGAGAAGACCAAGGGUUUGGACAACAGGGUGGUAAAGACCCUGGUGGUCUGGGACGGUGACAAGCUGGUGUGCACCCAGAAAGGUGAGAAAGCCAACCGUGGAUGGAAGCACUGGAUUGAGGGAGACAAACUUCACUUGGACCUGACGUGCGGAGAUGUAGUAUGUCAUCAGGUGUUCAAGAAGAAACAGUGA